CAACGAUGCAGCAAAUCAUCAGUGCAGCUUCCUCACUAGAAGGUGUAGUGCAACAGGAUGAAGUGGGCUAUAGCAGCGAUCGCGGUUUCCCUGGCCGUCGUGGUCAGCGGAUCGUACACACCCUCCCUCAAAACCGACAUAACCUAUGCCGACAAGGAUUUCCUAUUGAAGCAAAAAUUCUUCUUUGAAAUCCUGAGAAACAUUCAUCUACCAUUGCAGUAUGAGGAAUACUUGCCAUACUCCAAGGUUUGGGUCGAGGACAAGUCCCUGUACCUGAACUAUGACAUCGUGUACAAGUUCUUCAACUUCUACAAGCUCGGAUACCUGGAGAAGGGCGAGAUCUUCACCAUCUACAACAAACUCCAUCUGAAGCAGACCUACCUUCUGUUCACGUUCCUGUACAACUGCAAGGAUUGGGACACACUGUACAAGAACAUCAUCUGGGCCCGCGAGAACGUCAACGAGGGCAUGUUCAUCUAUGCCGUCACGCUGACCGUUUUGCAUCGCACGGACCUGAAGGGAAUCAUCUUGCCAGCGAUUUAUGAGAUCUACCCGUACUACUUCUUCAACACGGACAUGAUUCGUUCGGUCAACUACCGUAAAAUGUAUGAUCCCAAGUUUGGAUUCUACGGCAACGGAAAGUAUAACGUGGUUUACUCGAAUUACACUCUGACCUAUCCCACAGAGUAUAAGGUGUACGGUGACUUUAAUCUGAACUACUACUACGAGGAUGUCGGUCUUAACUCGUUCUACUACUAUUUCAUGAUGGAUUAUCCGUUUUUCCUGGGUGGUGAUGAAUUUGGACUGUUCAAGGACCGUCGUGGAGAGAUGUACUUUUACAUGCACCAGCAGCUGUUGGCAAGAUACAACCUGGAACGUUUCUCGAACUUCCUGCCGAAAAUUGGAACCCUGACUUGGCGAUUCCCACUUAAGUUUGGAUACUUCUCGCUGCUUAGCUACUGGAAUGGUAUUCCGUUCAAAAAUCGCGAUGUCAAUUACAUGCUGCGCGACUACGAUUACGUUAAGCUGGACUGGAUCAAGGACUGGGAAUUCCGCGUGCGCAAGAUCAUCGACCAGGGCUACUUCCUGCUCGACGACGGAACCAAGAUCGACCUGCGCAAAUGGGAAAACAUCGACUAUCUGGGCAACAUCAUCGUUGGUAACGUCGAAACCAUGAACUAUGGAUACUUUGGAUUCAUCGAGACUCUGUCCCGCUUCGUGCUAUCCGGAGUUGACUUUGAAACCUUCAAGACCUGGCCCACUCUGAUGAUGCACUUCGAAACGACCCUUCGUGACCCAGUGUUCUACUCGUUGUGGGAUCGCCUUCUGGACUUCUAUUAUUUAUUCAAGAGCUACCUGCCAUACUACACUUUCGAUGAUCUGAGCUUCAAGGGUGUCGUUAUCAAAGAUGUUGUCAUUGACAAACUGCUCACGUAUUUUGACUUCUUCGAUGCUGAUAUCUCUAACGUUAUCCCAAUGACCAACGUCAACAAAUUCUGGGACUUGUCCGUUAUAGGACGCACCAAGCGAUUGAAUCACAAGCCAUUCACCUACACUCUGGAUGUAAUGUCAGAGUUCAAGGGCAAGGGUGUUGUUCGUGUCUUCCUGGGACCGAAGUUUGACAAGUUCUUGGAUCUCGAGUACUACAGAAAGUACUUCGUUGAGAUCGACCAAUACCUGGUGGAUCUGAUUGUUGGAAAGAACACUUUCGUGCGCAACUCUCGCGACUUCUUCUGGAGUGUAAAGGAUCGCACCAUGUACACCGAUCUGUAUAAGAAAAUUAUGACCUCAUUCGAAGGCAAGGACAAGUUCAUUCUGGACAUGUCCGAGGCACACUGUGGCUUCCCCGAUCGUCUUAUCUUGCCGAAGGGCUGGCCAAGUGGUCUUGCGAUGCAGUUCUACUUCAUCAUCACCCCGUAUACCACCACCACCGAAGGCGUCAAGGAUCUGUCUUUCUUCGAUAAGUACUUCUCGUGCGGUGUUGGAACCGGACUUCGAUACUUCGACACCCUGCCCAUGGGAUUCCCCUUCGAUCGCGAGAUCGACUUCACCUACUGGUACACCAAGAAUAUGAUGUUCAAGGAUGUGUUCAUCUACCAUACUGACGACAUAAAGUACUGAGCUGAACAAAACGGCAACGAAACGCUACCAUAUAUUGUUACUUGUUACCCAUAUUGACAAUGAUUACGAAUAAAAAGCACUAAGCAUGGCAAAGCUUCAACAA